UGUUUCCAUAGUAACGAAGUCGUGUGUUAACACUCGGCUUCCUCUUUUGUACACAAUUUUCCACGGCUGUUUUACACACAACAUUUCGUUGUUACGAUGGCAGACGAUAUUGAUGAAUUGUUGGAAGAGGUAGAAAAUAAAUUUUUUAAAAACAAGCCCAGGGAUAAUUUACAAAAAAGCGAAAGUGAUGUAACUUCACUGGACAGCAUUCUUUUUGAUAUUGGAGAAUAUGAGUCAUUGAAUGGUGAGGUUUUUUCUGAACAAAUGAGGAAUCCAAGAACACAAAGGAAAUGUUUCCCAGUGUAUUUAAGUGGAACACAGAUCAGCAAAGGAUGUACAACUGCAGGAGAAAUAAGGGCAUGUGACAAGCUACAUUGCACAUCCUGUGACUUCUCAGUAGCCGUGUAUGGGAACAUGGCAUGGAGAGAUGGUACAGAUUACUUAUUCCUUCGAACAAACAUGCCAGAUUUUGCCAAAGUGAGCACAAAUCUCAAAACUGCAGAACAGUGGCAGGCUUAUGCUUGCCAAUGCUGCCACCAAUCAACAUGUGAACUUGUUGACCUAAAUACAUUGCCAACCAUUCAGUGGAUCUGCAAAGGUCAUUCCACAAAAGAUACAAAACAUAGUAGUUCCUGAAUGUCUGUUAUUAUUCUUAUGUAAUUUGUAGCAGUUUUAAGAUGUUGCUGUAACUCUCAUAGUAUACUUUAAAUGCUUCAAUUACACAAGAGAUUUCACUGCAUUUGUUUUAGUCCUGGUUUUAGUAAUGUCUUCCUUUUCAGUUUGUGAAAAUAUUCCGAUACUUCUAGAGUAGUUUUAAUGUGUAUGUACGUAAUGAUAAUUUUGAUAAUAUUGCAAAAAGUGCUGAAUUUAAAAGAUAUCAUAUAACUGGGAAUUUUAUUUUAUAAAUCAUAUUUGUAAUACAUUCUUAGGAUGUUGAAUGUAGUCUUACAGAAUUUACUUACAUAUAACUGUUGUGUAACUACUACUGCAGGCUAAAUAUUUACAGGGUGUUGAAAAAUGUGAUUUCCAUCUGUUGUUGACCUAUGUUAUUUAUAGCCAAAAAUGGCUUUAAAGUUCUUAUCACUUACAAGGAAAAAGCUAAAUUUGUCUUUUCUAGAUACAUUGUUAAAAUUUCUAAAAAAAUUACUGUUAAGACAAUGACAGGUUUACUGUCAGAUAACUUUUUUCCUUCCUUGAAAUGUACUUUUACCAAAAGCGUUUAAAUGCUUGAGCAGUUGUAUAUGUUGAAUCGUAAGUUUGUGACUGGUCCCAGAUAUUUGCAUAAAAACAACAAGCUAUGUACAAAUAAGCAGGAAGAGUUAAUCACUAACAAGUGUGGUGGCAAAAGUAGCAAUUCAGCACAUCUCUGUUUUAUUUAUGCCAUCACCUCAGGAUAAUUCUAAGCUUUUCUUCCAUAAGGCCUCUACUGAUGGUUUCCUUUCUAACUGAAUGAGUGCUCCAUCUUGUAUGACAUCCCCAUUGAGUGGAAGCUAAAAUCUGGUAAAAUCAGCUUCUUGUGAUGCAAGGGAGGCAUGUGAAAUUGUAAACUUAAACUUAGAUUGUAAUUUACAUUCCAGUAUUUUCUAUCAUACUUACAUCUAUGCACUGUAAACUUCCUGCAAGCUACCUCAAAGUGUGUACUGCAUUUAGUGAAGUUGCCAAUGACCAGCAAAAUGAAGGGGUGUACAGCCUGUAUUACAAGCAGUCCAUUGUUGGGUCACUACACAAACUUGUGAUACCAAAAAGGCUUUAAAGACAUAUUCAUUAUGUGUCUACAAAUAGCUCAAGAAAAUGAACAUACAGAGAUAAAAAUCUAAAAAAAGAUAAAGUGUUACAAAACACAAAUAAUGGAGUGAAUUGUGUGUAAGGACCUAUAAAGUCAAUGGCAGAAAACACAUUCCAUAAAAAAAUUAUUUAUUAGCUAUUAUCUAAAUUUAUUAGUCUAGAUAAGAGAAUAACUAACUGUAUGGCUGUGCUUUGGAAAGAAAGUUAAACAAGGACCUGUACAGUUAUAUACGAAGCUCAAGUGCAAAUUGCAGACAGGCAGAUAUUUACUUACCAGCUCAAAUGCACAUGGCCAUUUACUUAAGAAUGCCGUUAGCAUAUCUAAGUAUCACUUUGUAUCUUAAAUUUUUAACAAUACUUCUUUGAAAACAAAAGUUCUUUGCCAUUUUAGAAGGAGGCAGCAAACAUCCAGGUUGUCUGGUGACAGAGCUUACAAGCUAGCACACUGAGUGAAACUGACAUUUGGAAAAACAGUCCUGUCUCAGGUCAACUCCUGUGAAUUUUACUGGUUGUUCCUGCAAUCUGUUUUUCAUCAUUACAAAGCACAAUUUGAGGGGAAACUGCAGUCUCUUGAAUUCAAACAGGACAUCAUUUGGGAUCAAUAUAAUUCGGAGCACAAACAUUUUUUUUUUUACUGAGAACAUCCAGUUAAAAUAGUGGCUUCCACUUCUGUAGUGCCAUUACAGAGUUUUAGUUGCUAUGAAGUUCUCAUAAAAGUCACUGGUGUACCCAUGUGAAGGUAAAUUUAUGGUACAGCAGACCCAGUGGAUUCAGAGUAUUCACAAAUUCUACAGAUGUUCUCUAUACCUAUCAUUAUAUCUGUUGAACUAUACAACUGUUAUACUUCUUUGAAUGAUUACAGGAGAAUAUCAUUGAUGACAGCCUUGUUUGUUUCUUGGGGUAAGAAUAGCUGUAUCACACAAACAUUCCAUAAUAUUGUCCUAAUUUUAACUAUUUAUUUAGAUAUUACAAAAUUAAGUUUUGAAUUGUGGUCACUACAGUGCAUUGCUCAUUCAAAAUCUGUAUCCCGACAUGUGUACCGGUAACUGGAUAAUACCCAUUUCACAGCUUAAUCCUUUCAGAUGCACUGGCUAUAAUUAUGUUCAUUAAUGUUUAAUGUAUCUUAGCUGCAACAGAAAUAUUUUUCAUCAGUGGAAACCUCAUGUACAGAUUUCUGGAUGUUCAGCCUUUUCCUCGUGCAAAAGUGCUGCCAACUUUUGGGAAUCACUAUAAAAGUAUUGACAAUUCAAUGUAACAAUACACAGCAGCUUGUGACCAUCAGAAUACUUGUAAGCAGCAUGUUGGCUAUAUCCCACUGCAUAACUGAUUAUUAUUAUUAUUAUUAUUAUU